AUGUGUCAGACAUCUUGGUUCAUGCACCCUCCACAAGGAGAAAUGCCGGGGCCGACCAUGUAUGCACGUUUAUCUACAGAGCCAGCAGCUGUCGAGACAGAGACCAUGCCCAGAUCUCAGCCACUUGUGUGUAUCAGAGUCUGUCAUCAGAUAGAAGUCUACCGGCGUGGAGCAGGCCAAGUUUCUGUGUGCCAAGUCUGCGUUCAUCUGCAUCAGAUACUUCAAUCUGGACAGCCUCUGACAAGUUGUUGCCUAUAUAUUGUUCUUCGUUUUCUCAUUGUCCGUAUUCCAGCAUCAUCAUGUAGCAGGUCCUUUGCAGGACGUCGCUCUCAUCACGGUCUGCCUAAAAUAAACUCGGUCUCUCGCCAGUUCUCCCGCCUUAUGUACUUUCAUAUUCAAGGAGUCACUUAUAUCCUGUGCCCAUCUUC